UUCCGCGCGCACUCAUAGCCGGUUAUCGUUUGCGCCGUAUUUACGCACGAAGGUGUAUACCUACCUAAAGUUAAACAAUUUCCUGAGAAUGCUGUGUAUUUAAAUAAUAAUGGCAAGAAAGAUCGUCAUAAAUGAGUUUUUGACUUUUAUACAAAAUAAAAUUGACGUACUAGACGAGUUAAGUAUUGUGCAAAUAUGUGCGACUAACUUUACGGAGGCAGAGAUCGAGACAGGUAAAACUACCUUAUUUGACUGUCUUCCUGAUGGUAACAGAUGCGUUACUAGAAAGGGGGACGAAAAAAACAAGAAGAACAUCAAGGAUGUCAUUAAGUUAUUUCAUGCGACGGCCCCCGAGCUGCAGCCGAUCUUCGUGGCGCAGGACCUGAACCGACUGCCUCCCGUGUCGUUCGAUCAUGUGGACGUCACAAGGCUACUGAAAGACCUAGUUUUAUUGAAAAAUGAACUGCAUAGUUUACGUAAUGACACGAUCUCCAAGUCGGAGAUGACAUUGUUUGAGACGAAAGUAUACACGGAUAUAAAUAAUUUAAAAUCUUAUACGACUAUGCCGGAAAUGCAAACAGAUACGCCCAAUAGGCAGUACUCAAAACCUAGGCCUAGGCUACAACAACGGGAAGACUGUAAGACGAAAUUAAAUGAAUCCACCAAAAAUAAUGUAAAUAGCGGGCGGCUGUCGCAAUCGUCACCGAUAGCGAGUGCGGAGAUAAGAGCGGAACCGGUCCACACGCCGACCUACCGCGACAUCGCCCUGCGGCCCGCGCAGACGCAAGCGAAACCGACCCGUCGGACUGCUGUAAAUAAACACGACGAUAGCUUCAUACUCGUUGAGCGUAAGAAGCGAAGCAAACCAAAAAACAGUAACAUGAUUGGUACCGCACAGAUGUCUACUAAAAUACAAGUAGCGGACAUGACUUCGGCGAUUUACGUUUCUAGACUUAAAAAGUCGAGUACUGUCGAGCACCUGAAGGAGCACAUAUCUGACAUGGGCGAGCAAUGCGUUAACGUCGAGUUACUGCAGCAGAAGCAAGAAACGAAUUUUAAUUCCUUUAAAGUCACUGUACCCCGUAGUAAAUUAAAUACCUACCUAUCAGCAGAAUUCUGGCCGGAGGGUGUCAUGUACCGGAGGUUCCGUGAAGCGUCAUGGACAGCGAAGACAGCAAAAUAAUUUAAUCAUGGAUAGUACAAUAUCUAAAAUCAAAUUGGUAUCUUUCAACUGCAAAUACAUCAAAAGGGCUCUUCCACAUAUCCGAGAACUGUGUGGGAGUUUUGAUGUAAUAGCAUUGCAGGAGACGUGGCUUCUGCCUCACGAGCUCAAUUUUAUGAAUGAAAUUGACGAUGAUUUCAACAGUACAGCCAAAUCAUCGGUGGACACGUCAGCGGGAGUCCUUCGAGGAAGACCUUACGGCGGCGUGGCCCUCAUGUGGCGCAAGUCUACGUUUCCCGAUGUAUCGGUGAUAGAAUGCUCCAGUGAUAGAGUGGCGGCGAUUAAAAUAUGUGUUGAUGAACGUUCGUUCAUAGUGU